UAGCGGUUAUACUGAAAGUAAAAGUAAAAGUUACAACACACACCAUUUUAGAAGGCGCACAGUUCGAUACUCCUGUUCAAAUUGUUUCCAAAGAUUGAGAGGUUGAAAACAUGAACACGGGGCCUAGUUCACAUCGCUUCGACAGAUGAUUUAUGUGAUCAGGUUUUCUGAGUGAGAUCUGCCUGAGCAGUCCAGAGUCUAAAUCAGACAUUAGACUGGAUGGAGCCUGAGGGAGACCCUGGAGUCCUGAGCAGGAGAGCCCAGCGGGAGAUAAUGGAGUCUCCUGCUCCCAGCUGUCUCUCUAUGAAUAGUGCCAGGUCAAUGGAGCCACCCUUUGACUUUAAAAGAGAACCCUUGACCCCUGAUCUGAGUGCCAGUCUGCUGACUGAGGAUCUGUUCAGAUGCUCUGUGUGCUCAGAGGUGCUGAGGGACCCGGUCUCCAUUCCCUGUGGACACAGUUACUGCAGGCAGUGCAUCAGCACAUACUGGGUCCAGCCCGGCCCUGCAGGAGACUAUGUGUGUCUCCAGUGCAGUAAGAGAUCCAGAGUCCGGCCUGUGCUCUGCACUAACCCAGCCUUGGCCAGGUUGCUCCAGGGGCUCCAGCAGGCAGGCUUCAGUCCUGCCCUCCCUGCUCUGGGCUAUGCUGGUCCUGGGGACGUGGCCUGUGAUAUCUGCUCUGGACAGAAGCUCAGAGCGGUGAAGUCCUGUCUGACCUGCACUGUCUCCUACUGUGAGAGCCACGUCAGACAGCACUACACUGUCCCAGCACUGCAGAGACACGCCCUGGCUGAGGUCACUGGAGACGGGGGACACAAAGGUCACCAAGGCAAUGCUGGACAGACAGAGAGGAUCAAAGAGGAGGAGACUAUGGAGACUGAGGAGGAGGAGAGAGAGAGUGUCUCUAAAAAGAUGACGGAAGUUAAAGAGGAGGAAGAAGAUUCUGAUGAGGGACUCUCUGAUCUGAAGAAGAACCCUAAAACUAAAACUCUUAUCUCUGAAGUGAAGAAUCUCUCUAAGUUCUACUCAGACUUGGAGCAGGAGAACUCUGAGCUUAAACAUGUUGUUCGUGAACUCAGUAAAAAGAAUGCUGUGUUAAAACAAGAGGCAACAUUUGAGAAAGAACUGGUGGACAUCAGAACUGCUGCUCUGAAUAAGAUCACAGCUAAUCUCAUCUCAGACCCACAGCAACAGAGAGAGGCUGAGUAUGUGAGAAGAAACCUGAAGAAUAUGACCAUGGACUAUGUGGAUGUGACUCUAGAUCCUGAUACAGCACAUCCCCAACUAAUCCUGUCUGAAGACAGGAAACAAGUUAUAUUUGGAGAUGUAUGGCAGGAUCUCCCUGACAACCCAGAGAGGUUUGAUAUCUCAGUCUGUGUCCUGGGAAAGGAGGGCUUCUCCUCAGGGAGAUUCUACUAUGAGGUGCAGGUGAAGGGGAAGACUGGCUGGUCUUUAGGAGUGGCCACGAAGUCCAUCAACAUGAAGGGGACGAUUUACCUGAAUCCUGAGGAUGGAUACUGGACUGUGAUGCUGAGGAAUGGACAGUACUGGGCUGGCGCUGUCCCCACUGUCCCCAUCUUCCUUAGAGAGGAGCUCCAGAAGGUGGGGGUGUUUGUGGAUUAUAAGGAGGGUCAGGUCUCCUUCUACAACGUGGAGGCCAGGUCUCAUAUCCACUCAUACACUGGCUAUACCUUCACUGAGAAACUCUAUCCAUUCUUCAGCCCUGGUAAUAAUUACAGUGGUAAAAACUCAACCCCACUGGUCAUCACUCCUGUAGAUGUCACUGACUGACUGGUUUAUACCAAACUAUUGAAAUACUGUUAACUGCUAAUGUAAUAGCCAACAGGUAAUGUAAUAAUUAAUUGUAAUGUAAUACAUAUUACAUAAAUCAGCGGAUAAUGUAUUAACAUUUUACAUUUAUAAUACAAUAACUUUUUCUGAUAAUGUAAUCAUUCAAUUGCAGUUAUUAAUGCAGAACUAAGUUAUUUUGUGGAUAAGGUUAUCAUUUCAUGUGUUAACAUAGUAAAUCACAGUCUCAUAAUGUAAUCCAAUAAGACCUACCUGUCCAUCUAUCUCUGUGGACCAUAUCAUCUUAGUGGACGAGAUCCACAUUCUUCUUCCUGAUGUAACAUGACAUUGGGAAGAAUGAAAACAGUUCACUAAAUACCACAGGAAGCCCAGGUCUGUAUGUCAUAUGUUCAGUAAACCCCUGGAAUUACAUUAUUACAUGACUUACUAUAAUAAUUAAAUACUGUCCUGCAUGAUUAUGUUUCUUACUA